AUGAAGAUCCUUAACCAGAACUUAGUUAAAGGUGGACAAGGCUCUAUCACUGUCAAGAUGGAUGUGCCUGACGAUAUGUGGCACAUUUACAACAUUAUCAAUAAUGGAGACGCUAUUAAAGCGACAACAUUGAGAAAAAUAAAAGAAGAAAGCAAAACAGGCUCUGUCGUCACUACAAAGAAAAAAAUUUCUUUAUUACUAAGAAUAAGAAAUGUAGACUACGACCCAGAAGGUCCUACGCUGAGAAUAAGUGGUCAGUGUAUAUCCCCAUAUGUAAUGACCAAAGCAUAGCUACUAUUGCAGUUAUCAUAUAAAAAUAGGAUAGCAGUUAAUAGGGAAAAUCUUUUUUCCUUUAAAAAUAGCAUAUCAGAAAACCAAUAUCUCCAAUUAGGCCAGCAUCAUACUUUUGAUUUGCAGCUUCACAUUCCUUUCACUUUAAUAAAGAGGCAAUGGGAUGCGCUACAUAUAGACAGAAUUAAAGAAGCAUCUAACCCAGCUACACAUUGUGAGGUUGCUGCUUUACUCCCCUUUUAAAUUGGAACAAAAAUUUUGUUCCAAUUUAAAGGGGAUUAAUUUUUUUUUUAAAAAAAUAUAUUUAAAUUUUUUCUCUAUAUUUUUUAUAAUUUGAAUUGUAAUUUAUUUUUAUUAACUCCCCCCCCUCCGUGAGUGAACAAAACAAUUUUGUUCACUCACGGAGGGUUAAAAAAAAUUUAUAUAUAAAUUUUAUAAAAAAUAUUUUUUUUCGAAAUUUAAAAAAAUCCUAAUUCGCAAAAAUCGGAAAGCAAAUAUUAAUUCAAUUUGCAAAAUUUAUGUUUUAAAAAGCAAUUCGUUCAAAAUUAGGCAGAAUUAGCUCUAUAUUUCAUUAUACUAAUUAUCAUUUAUAUAUUAAAACUUUUUUCCAUAAAAAAUUUUUCUAUUAAAAAAAUUUUUGUUCACUCACGGAAGGUGGGCUUUUGGGCAAAAAAUAGGGAUUUUUCUAAUGGUUUUGUUCACUCACGGAGGGGGGGGAGUAAGAAAUAAUUAAAAAAAUAAUAGAUUCGGUGUGAAAAUUAUUUAAAUAGCAUUCUAAUUGCAUUCUGCCUAUUAAAGUAUGUCAAAACUAAUUUUAUAAAAUUAGUAUUUUUGUCUAUAAAAUUUUCACAUUGACAAAACAAAAUUUUUUCCAAUUCAAAGGGGAGCUAAAGUACCUAAAAUGCAGAUUUUACUGGUUUUAUGAUCCAAUUUAAAGGGGGAAUUAGUUAUGGAAGAAGGAUUGGCUCAUCUUUGUUUGAUUACUAAUACAGCUACAAUAAUAAAAUCAAAAAUAGAGACCCAGAUACCAAGAAAAAGAAAAGGAGCUUCCGGACAUGAUAAAGCGUUAGAAAAAUUCUUUGAAAAAUGCAACCAAGGGAUAGCUCAGCAUAUUAAUUUCGAUGUAGUUAGAUGUAUACUGAUUGCAAGUCCUGGAUUUGUAAAAGACCAAUUUGUUAACUAUUUAGAACAGGAGAAGCCACAAUGGUAUAGUCCUAAUAAAAUUAUGCUGACUCAUGCUAGUAGUGGAGAAAAGCAAGCUUUAGAUGAGUCUUUAUCUGACCCUAAGGUAAAAGAAAUGCUGACUUCCUUUGUGAGAGAGCAAAGCCAUUAGAAAAUCAUUUAUUUUUUUUAAAAAACCUCUUAUGAGCAAACAAAAUGUAUUUUAAUAGAAAAACUUAUAUAAAAAUAUUUAUAUAUAAGUGAUAGUAUAUGUAAUCUCUUCCUAAUUCUGUUGAAUUUUAUACAGCUUGCAUUCAAGAACAUAAAUUUUAUGGAUUAAAUUAUGAACUUGGAUUUUUUCAAAUCACCAUAAAUUUAUAAAUAUUUUUUUUAACAAAAACUCUCUAUUUUUUUAGGGAGUGAGAUUAAGCAAUACAGAAUUUUCACAAGAUUUACAAUAUUUAGAAGAAUUUUUCAGGGUGUUAAGUGUCGACCCCAAUUCAGCAGUUUAUUCAUUAGCAGAUGUACAGUUGGCAGCUAGAAUGCAGGCAAUUAAUGUGCUAUUGGUAAGUGAUGCAAUAUUGAGAAACUUCAAGCAAUUAAGCGUUAGGCAGUCUAUUGCAGAAAUAAGUGAAGAUGUAAAGGCACAUGGAGGUAGCGUUAGGGUUAUUUCAUCUUUGCAUGUGGCUGGAGAAAAGCUGAAGCAAUUGUCAGGAAUUGCUGCACUUUUAAGAUUCCCUAUUUAUGGGAUAGGCUCAGAAGAAGAAGAAAGUCAGGAUGAAGAAGAAAAGGUGCCUGAGGAAGAGGAAGAAAUGAAAAUAGAUUUAGAAGAGCUAGGGCUAGAUGAAGAAGAGGAUGAAGAUUUUUUAUAA